ACUGAGCUACAGGCGCCUUAUUGUUAGUUUCUACAAAUUAAUUAGUUAUAUAUACAUACUGUACUAUUUUACAAAAAUUAAUAUCAAGUAAAUUAUUAGAUUAAUUAUGAUACUGCCUCAUCGUUGGCCUUCUGGUUUAAAGCAUGACCAGCCAUUCCAUCUUCCUAAAUUCACGUCCUCCUUAUGCAAUUCUUUCCAAUCCCACCAUUUCGCUCUCCCUCCCUCUGUUUCUCCCUCCCCCCUCGCCAGAAUCUUCCACCACCGCCAUGUCCGCCGCCCUCUUCCUCCUCUGCCUCCUCUCCAUCCCUAUCUCCGCCAUCGCCAAUCCGGCGCCGCCUACAGAUUACCUCAUAAGCUGCGGCUCCAACAACAUCGUCGAAGAGGGCGGUCUCAAAUACAUCCCCGACGACGCUUUCAUAACCACCGGCAACAAGACAACCUUAACCAACAGCCCCGACGUCUGGCCGAGGCUGAGAACCCUCCGCUUCUUCCCCAAUGCAGACGCCUCGAAGCACUGCUUCAGCUUCCCCGUCAUCAAGGAAGCCAAGUACCUCGUCAAGACGAUAUACUUCUACGGCGGAUUCGACGGCGGGAAACAGCCGCCAGUAUUCGAUCAAAUCAUCGACGGCACCAAAUUUGGCAUCGUCAACACGACCGACGACUUCGCCGGCGGCGGAUCGUCUUACUACGAGGCUGUCGUCGUCGCCCACAACAAGAUUCUCUCCGUCUGCCUCGCGAGAAAUCAGCACACACCUACCGGCACCAGCCCCUUCAUCUCCUCCAUCGAAGUCCACCAUCUGCUCGACUCGAUUUACAACUCGACCAACUUUAAGGAGAAUCUGUUGGUCACCGUCGCGAGGAACAGCUUCGGAUCGGAAGCUGACAUUGUUGGUUUCCCCGAUGACCCUUUCAACCGGUACUGGCAGCCUAUGAAGGGCAAUAAUCCUGCCGAAGAGAGCAAAUCGAACGCGACUGUUUCGACAUUCUGGAAUGUUCCGCCGGAGAAGGUCUUUGCAUCAGCAGCCAUGGCGAGUAAAGGCCAGAAUUUGACGUUGAACUGGCCAGCAUUUCCGUUGCCUAGCGCGCAUUAUUACAUGAUGCUGUACUUCCAGGACACUCGAGCCCCGAGCCCGGAUAGUUGGAGAGUCUUCGACAUCUAUAUGAACGGAUGGAAAUUCUUCCAGAGUCUCAACAUCUCGACGGCUGGGCAGAGUGUGGUGGGGGCGCCGUGGCCACUUUCUGGACAGACUGAGAUAACAAUGGUUCCUGAAAAGGACUCACCUGUCGGGCCGGUGAUCAGCGCUGGCGAAGUCCUGCAGAUUGUGCCUCUUGGAGGAAAGACCAUAACCAGAGAUGUGGUGGCAUUGGAGGAAUUCAGGAAAGGACUGAACAAGGUGCCUGAGGAUUGGACAGGAGAUCCAUGCCUACCAAAAGGGAAUGCCUGGACAGGGGUUUCAUGCUCAAAGAAAGUCCCAAGCAGAAUUGUGGCACUGAACCUGACAGGCUUUGGAAUGUCUGGAACACUGGACCCAAAUAUUGCCCACUUAACUGGCCUCAGGCAUUUGUUGCUUGGGAACAACAAGCUUACAGGGAAUGUACCUGAUUUGGGAGCACUAAAGUCUUUAAUAACUCUGCAUUUGGAGAAUAAUCAAUUUGAAGGACCAAUUCCUAGUUCAUUGGGAGACCUGCCAAGACUUAAAGAAGUAAAUCUGCAGAACAACAAAUUAGAUGGUGUUAUCCCAGAGACAUUGUCAAAGAAACAAGGCCUUGACUUUCGGAUCUGAAAAACAGUGAGGAGGAAGUGGUGAUGGAAGGGGCAAUGAAGAGCAUGAGAAAUUAACUAUGGUGGCUUGGAAGAUUGUUUUAAUCGAGUUGGGAUUACGGAGAAAAGGACACAAAGGGAGAGAUACAUCAAAGUACAUUUAUAUUAGGCAAAUAUGGCCUUCAUUUUUAUAAAUAUGGGAAUAUGUUUAUAUAACAUUCUACAAAGAGGCUUUCUUCUAUUCUGUAUGUGCAUCUGUUUAUAUAAAGCAAGCUUCAUAACGUUCGUACAAAGAAAUUUCAUUUAUUUGCCGCAGCUUUAAUGAUGA